GUCUGUUUGUUUGCUUCCUCUCUGGUCACAAGCGUGCUCAGUUUCGUGUACAGCAGUAAUGCUGCACUUUAGCUUAAAUAAAUACCGUUUAUUCCAUAUGUUUACGUACUCGCACAUUCUGCCUGCUCUUUAACCAAACUAGAAGUCAGCAGCUCUGUAAACAUGGCGGGAGUUAUCCGGAGGCUCGACGAGACUGUUGUCAACCGCAUUGCUGCGGGAGAAGUUAUUCAGCGUCCUGCCAACGCCGUUAAAGAAAUGAUUGAAAACUGUUUGGAUGCAAAGUCCACAAGCAUUCAGGUGACGGUGAAAGACGGCGGACUGAAACUUCUUCAAAUUCAGGACAACGGCACUGGCAUCAGGAAGGAGGACAUGGAAAUCGUUUGUGAGAGGUUCACCACGAGCAAACUUCAAACUUUUGAGGACCUUUCGAGUAUCGCAACCUAUGGAUUCAGAGGAGAGGCCCUUGCUAGUAUAAGCCAUGUUGCCCAUGUGACCAUAACCACAAAGACUGCUGAUGCAAAGUGCGCUUACAGAGCCAACUACAGCGAUGGCAAACUAAAAGGCCCUCCCAAACCAUGUGCUGGAAACCAGGGAACGCAGAUCCUUGUGGAGGAUCUUUUCUAUAACGUCUCCACCAGGAGAAAAGCUCUAAAGAGCCCGAGCGAUGAGUACUCCAGGAUUGUAGAAGUGGUCGGCAGGUACGCCAUACACAACUCAGGAAAAAGCUUCUCUGUCAAAAAGCAAGGAGAGACCGUGGCAGACGUAAGGACUCUUCCCAAUGCGUCUGUAGUGGAUAAUAUUCGAGGGAUUUUUGGCAACGCAGUCAGCAGGGAGCUGAUCGAGGUUGCCUGUGAAGAUCAGAAGCUCGCUUAUAAGAUGAAAGGCUACAUCUCAAACGCAAACUAUUCAGUCAAGAAAUGCAUUUUGAUCCUGUUCAUAAACCAUCGUCUGGUGGAGUCGAGCGCUUUGAAGAAAGCGAUUGAGACAGUUUAUGCUGCAUAUCUCCCCAAGAACACACACCCGUUCCUUUACUUGAGCUUAGAAAUCGCUCCUCAGAAUGUGGAUGUUAAUGUUCAUCCCACUAAACAUGAAGUGCACUUCCUGCAUGAGGACAGUGUCAUCGAGAGCGUUCAGAAGCACAUCGAGAGCAAACUCCUGGGCUCCAACUCCUCACGUACAUAUUUCACUCAGACGUUGUUGCCGGGACUGUCAGUCUCAGGUAACACUGAGGUUAAGGCCUCCAGCACCACAUCGGAGUCUAGCGAGCGAGUCUACGCACAUCAGAUGGUGAGGACCGACUGUCGCACACAGAAGCUAGAUGCCUUCCUCCAACCGAAAGAAAAGCCGCUCCCUGAUCCCGAGCCUGCUGGUCCCAGCAGUGGGCAGACUGCGAUCAAAGCCAUCCAGGCGGACAGCAUAGAGAUAGACGAUGUAGAUGACUCAGACAUGCUGGAGGCGCUGGCUGAACAGGAAGCAGAGGUGCCAAAGGGCGAGGAACAAGGCAGCGUCGGUGCUCUUGAUAAUCAGAGGAAGCGACCGAGGACAGAGCAGAAAGAGCAGCAGCAGGAAGAAGGCGAGGACUUGACGGCCGCAGCCACGCCCAAGAGACGAGUGAUCAAACUGAACAGCAUCAAAGAGCUGAGAGCUGAGAUCACAGAGAACACACAUAAAGGCCUUCAAGAAAUGAUGCAGAACCACUCGUUUGUGGGCUGCGUCAAUCCCCAGUGGUCUCUGGUGCAACAUCAUACUAAGCUCUACCUGCUCAACACCAACAAACUCAGCCAGGAGCUUUUCUACCAAAUACUCAUUUAUGACUUUGGAAAUUUCGGUGUACUCAGACUGUCUACCCCAGCACCUCUUUAUGACUUGGCCAUGUUGGCUUUGGAGUCAGAGGAGAGCGGCUGGACUGAAGAGGACGGUCCCAAAGAAGGCCUGGCUCAGUACAUAGUGGACUUCCUGAAAAAGAAAGCGGAGAUGCUAGAGGACUACUUCUCCAUGGAGAUAGACCAGGAAGGAAACCUACUAGGACUCCCGCUGCUCCUCGACAACUACACCCCAGUCAUGGAGGGUCUCCCCAUGUUCAUCCUGCGCCUGGCAACUGAGGUGAACUGGGACGGUGAAAAGGACUGUUUCAGAGACUUCAGCAAAGAGUGCAGCAUGUUCUACUCCAUCAGGAAGCAGUACAUCCUGGAGGCCGAGCCAGGAGAGGAGCAGGGCACUGAGGUGAACUCUUGGCGGUGGAAAGUCGAACACCUCAUCUUUAAAGCUUUCCGAACCCUCUUCAGUCCUCCGAAGAGCUUCAGCGAGGAUGGCACUGUGCUGCAGAUCGCCAACUUACCCGAUCUCUACAAAGUGUUUGAGAGGUGCUGAAACUGCUCAUCAUGGCUGAAAAAAAUCAACUAUAUAAGCUCUUUUUCUUUUUUUUCUUAAAUAACACAUACUGUAAAUAAAUACUUUAUAGAAAACAAGACUUCACAUUUCUGUCUUUAUGAGUAAAAAUUCUGUUAUAAAAGGGUCUCUGUUGCAGGAAACCCUUUCUGAACGGCUUACUGAAAAGUGCCAAGGCUCCACAUGGUUUCCUAACACUAAGACUUCAGGCGUGAAGCCAGGAAAAUAGAAGUGGGUCACAAGUCCCAUAACGAAACCCGAAAACGUGCCAGCAAAUGAGCUCGACUUUUAUUACUUCUCCAUUCCACCUGUCAGUCGAAGCUGUGUCAGCACUCUGUGUGAAGGAGGUUAAUGCAGCUCUGCCAGUGUUUCCAUCAACACCUGAGGGACAGUAACUAGUUUAACACCUGCAGAAGACCAGAAAAGGGAGUGAACUGUACUUACCUGAUUUACUCUGUUUCGUUUUUAAAGAAGAAAGCGAACCUGAGUUAUUCUAGUGGUUCCAAACGGGGACAAAUUAAAUUCAUACAUCUUUUGAUUUCAGAGUUUCAAAAGUGGAAAUUGGUGUAGGCUUCCCUCGCUCUAUGCAUAGAGAAGCAGAAAUCUAAAAGAUGUGCUCCACUUUUUAAGAUUCCAAAAUCAGCUUCAAUUCUUUACUCGCACAUCACAGUAAUACAACCUGAAGUGAAGAACUCUGACAGCCCCUUUCAAGUAUUGCUUAGCAGUGGGAUUAACGUGUUAAAAGACAUACAUGGGAAAGAAAGUUUGACUGGAAACAACACAAGAAAAGCAGAUAAUAUUUAAUAAAAAUGGUCCACAAAAUUUGCAGUUUUGUUCUGUGGCUUUUUUGUAGCCUUCACUUUCAGGGCAGUGGGAAUGACAGGACACCAGAUGUUAGCAUGAAUCUUUAGCUUGGCCAUUGAAGUAUUUUUAGCUCAUAAAAGAAUCACUAAAGGGCCAUAAUGAUGGGCUUCAUUUGAGGUUUUUAAAAUCCUCCUGGUUUGAAAUCAUCUUUCAGGGUGCCAGCAAUUUGACCAUAAGAUGGCGCUAUAAUGGUUGGGUUGAACAUUGACAGAGUAUCCGGUGUAUGUGGUUAAACCAGCCUUGUCCUCGUUUGGCCCCUGAUAACAUUUUGGGCUUCUCUUCAGUAUUAGAAUCAAAUGAAGACCUCUUGGUUAAUAAGAACAG